AUGAAUGCUCUCUUUGCUCUGGGCUCAAACGGCUCCGGGCAGCUCGGAAUCGGCCACAAGGAAGACGUGUCGGUGCCAAAACCCGCGCAUUUUCACCCGGAGCAGCCCGACUCGCCCAUUGUCAAGGUGGCCGCUGGCGGCAACCACACGCUGCUGCUCAACGCCGCCGGGCAGGUCUUUUGGAGCGGCGAUUCCGCCACGGGCGCCUGCGGCCUCGGCCCUCGCACGGACAUUCCCGUCUUUCAAGAGAUUCGCCCGAUCAAGGACGGCGAAAGCGAAAUUGGCAGGGUUAGCUUCAUCGCAUGCACGUGGGAAGCUUCCUUUGUAGUGACGCAGGAUGAGGCGGGUAAAAACACCAAGCUCUAUAGCUUCGGCGUUGGCAUGAAGGGAGAGCUAGGCCAGGGCGAGCUGAUUGUUCGCACGCCUUCGGCAACCGAGUUCAAGAGCUUCCCUCCGGUUGAUGCGGAAAUUAUCGACAUAUCUGCGUGCAUGGGUCACGUUAUUGUGGUUCUUAGCAACGGUGAUGCCUACGGAUGGGGCAAUUGUCGCAAGGGGCAGGCCGGCGCACCAGAACAGGUUAUCAAUUCACCGAGAAAGGUCGAGGGCUUGGACUUCAAGGUCACUCGAGCAGUGUGUGCAAAGGAAUCGACUGCAUUCUUUGGCAAUCCUGCCAGCGGUCACCUCGCAGUGCUGGGUUCUGAUAAAUGGAACCUCACUUCUAGCAAGCCUGCAGAGGUGCCGCCUUGGGCUGAUGUUGGAGCUAGCUGGGGAAAUAUAUACAUCCUCGGGACCAACGGCAAUCUUCUAGGCUGGGGCCGUGACGAUCACGGCCAGCUGCCGCCGCCAAAUUUGCCAGCAAUCACCAAAAUCGCCAUCGGCAGCGAGCACGUCGUUGCGUGCGCCAAGGACGGCGAUGUCCUCUCCUGGGGCUGGGGCGAGCACGGCAACUGCGGCCCCAAGGUUGAGAACAAUGAUGUUAAAGGUCGCUGGAAUGUCAUUGCUUCCUCCAAGUAUAUCCCAGCAGACUCGCAGAUAGCAAGCAUCGGUGCUGGCUGUGCGACCAGCUGGGUUUGCAUAACGCCGCGGUGA